AAAACCUAAUCGUGGUUUUUUCACAUAGGAAACCGGUUAAUUUUUAAAGCAUAAGGGGGAAAAGAAAAGAAGAAAAAGAAAAAGCGCAUAACGCAUGCAUCACUCAAUAUUUACUGAUCUUCCCUUUUUUUAAUUGUCUUUUUUUGCUUGUUCUCUACUUGCUUUCUUAUGCCAAAUAUUCCGCCCCCUCCUCCUGCAUCAGAAGUUGCGGGUCUUUUCGUACAAGAGCUCACACCCAUAGGCGGUAGUCUGGUGGGGUCUUUCUUUGUUGGGCUGAUUCCUUUACUACUGGUCCUCGUGCUACUGGGUGUCUUCAAAGUUCCCGCCCACUAUUCUUCCUUUGCUGGUCUAGUAACAUGUAUCUUUAUCGCUAUUUUCGCAUGGCAUAUGCCUGCUCAACAGUGCUUUGAAUCCAUCGGUUACGGCAUGGUUUUCGCCAACUGGCCUAUUAUGUGGAUCGUUGUCAACGCAAUGUAUAUCUAUAACAUCACCGUACGAUCCGGCAUCUUUGAUCUCUUUCGCCGAUGGAUGUUGACUUAUACACCACCGGAUAAGCGCAUCAUUCUCUUAAUUAUCGGUUACAGUUUUGGCGCUCUACUCGAAGGAGUCGCUGGAUUCGGUACUCCCGGUGCGAUUUGCAGUUCGCUUAUGGUGUCGUUGGGAUUUGAUCCGUUAGACGCGUUAACUUAUACAUUGAUUUUCGAUACAACUCCCGUCGCUUUCGGUGCUUUGGGUAUUCCUGUCACCACACUCGCCUCCAUUACGGGUCUGCCUGUGAUGAAGCUUUCAGCCAUGAUGGGAAGACAACUCCCGUUACUCAGUCUGUUCCUUCCCAUGUAUGCUUUGCUGUUUUAUGCAGGACCGCGAGCGGGGUUGCUUGAAUGUUGGCCAGCUGCUCUUGUGGCAGGUCUGUCAUUUGCAAUUAUCCAGGCAAUUUUUGCAAAUUUGGUUGGUCCCGAACUUCCUGAUUUGAUCGCUGGUAUUGUAUCCCUUGUCAGUAUCGUCGUUUUUGUGCGAUUUUGGAAGCCAAAGUAUCGACCGGAAUUCCAUGCCAACUUUGUAUCUGCUGCUGAGGAUGUGGAGAAAGGUCAAAAUCUACAACAUGCUCAUCAACACGAAGAAAAAGUACAACAGGAGAUCGAAAAACACCAUGAUUCCCACGAAAUCCGCCAUGAGGAAAAAGUGCAGCAAGAAACUGAAGAACGGCCGCCCAGCAGUCCCUCGAGUUUCGAAGGCAGUAAAGACUCCAAAGUGGACCCUAAUGAAUACGACGACAAGGAACAGCCGCUUAAUAUGGACCCGCCUACGUUAAAAGAAGCGCUGUUGGCAUGGAGUCCAUGGGUGAUCAUCGUUGUCAUUGUUAUCAUAUGGACCUUUGCCAAGGUCUCUGAAAUAGGACAAGUCAAUGUCAAAUGGCCGCAUUUGCAUCAAGAGGUGUAUCUGACGCUUUACGGAAAGAAAUACGACGCGAUUUGGGCUUUCCAACCGUUAGCUACGGGAACCGCAAUUUUAGUAGGAGGUGUGGUCUAUGCUGCGCUGGUUCUCGCAUGUGGCUACAAGCCAUGUAUAUUAUAUCAAGCCUUCUUCGACACAUGCAAGCAACUCUUUUUCCCGAUUCUGACUGUUUCUUUCAUCAUGGCUUUUGCCUAUUUAUACAACUAUUCUGGCAUUGUCUAUACGAUCGGACUGACACUGUCUUCGGUUGGUAAAGCAUUCCCAUUCUUGUCUGCAUGGUUAGGAUGGUUUGCCUGCUUCCUUUCCGGUAGCGACACGUCGGCGAACUCGCUGUUUGGUAAUCUUCAAGUGGUUGCAGCAAAUCAGAUUGGUUUAUCUGCCGUCCUCAUGGCCGCCACCAACUCCAGCGGCGCCAUUACUUCCAAAAUGAUUUCACCCCAGAAUCUAACAACCGGCGUAUCCACCAUUGGCAUGCAAGGCCAAGAAGGUCGCGUACUUCGACGCACCAUACUUCACUCCAUUUUUAUGGUCUGUAUCGUUGGCGCCAUGGCUUGUGUCCAGCAAUACGGUAUCCCUGGAAUUAUUCCGCCCUAGUUCCGUUCAAAGUUGAUCUGGGACAAAAUCCACUUUAAUUGGUUUAUCUAAUCUUUAUUCCCAACCUGUAACAUAAACACCAAAAACCCCCAUAAUAAUCACUUUUUUAUCCCCAUCGAUGUGCCAUAUUUUAAUGAUUAUUUGUAUCUGAUACUUCAACUUUACGUCUUGCUUUGAAAGAG